AUGCCAAGACAUAUUUACAUACUUCUCAUCGAUUGCUUCCUUGGCCUAUCAGUCGCGUAUACCUUCCUAUUUGAGCAUGUAACGGGUCACAAAAAAAUAGUUACCUUCGACAAAGAAUUCCACCGAAAUAAAAUCCACGUGAAAAAUAGAAAGAAGUAUUUAUUUGUGUGCAGAAAUUCGUCCACAAGGGGUAAGAGGAUAUCUUCAAAGGGUUUCAUUUUGAAGCACCACAGGGUGAACCACCCACCAAGUCAAGUACCCAGCGGCGCCGUUGCCCUGUUGAGAACAAACCGCAAGUCCUUCUUGACACCAAACAAGUUCAAAAUAUUCAGUAGUGACAUUCGAAAGGACAGUUUUUCAAAAGAUAGUGAAGAUGGAGGAGAAAGUGAAAAGCAGGAUGAACAAAAUCUAACGGGUGAAAAGAACGACAAGUGGAAAAAGUAUUACGAGGAAAAGAGGAAGAAGGAAAUAUUGAAAGAUUUAGAUAAGAAUGUGCGGAAAAGAGGGGAAGGAUUGAUAAGCGGUAGUCCUGCGGAGAAAAAUGAUUCUAUGCGUGGAGGCGUGGGUAGCGAAAAUAACAGUAAGGAAGAAGGAAGGGACCUUCGGACAGAGGAAGAAGAUGUCCAAAAUGGGAAAGAUCAGGAGGAACUAGAAGCUGAGGAGGAAGAGGAUGAAGAGGAAAGUGACGAUGAUGAUGACGAAGACUACGACUCGUACGACACCUACGACGACGAAGACACACACGGCGCCCAUGCACACCGCAGCGCACAUGACAGGAGGGAUACCCACCUGGAUUACCCCUACGACCACGAAGGGGCUCAAGGGAGAAAUCUCUUCUUCGCGAACAGUAAGAACAGCGAAAACGCGCAUGGUAAAUUUUAUGACGACAGGAAAAGCGGGGCCGCCUCGAACCCCCCCUCAAUAAAUGAAAGCAUAAAUAAUAUCUUCUCAUCGAAAAGAACGACGAAAGAUUUCCCCCUCUUUUUCCCCUUGAACAAUAAACCCUUCGAAAAUAGCAACAAUAAAUAUUUUGACAAAAUUUGCAGUAUCCCCCCAAAUGAGCUCAUUAACCGAUUUUUUGAAAACACAUCCGAAAGGGUUAAAGAAGCUGUAAAAAAUAUCAUUUUUAACAUCAUUGGAAAUAUUCAAAAGUACACCAUCGAAACUUCUAUUUUGAUUACCUACGACAAAAUUUAUAAUUUUCUCCUCCAAAUUAUCCUCACGGGGUAUAUGAUAAAGAACGCAGAUUAUCGGCUCAGUCUUAAUGAAUCCUUGUAUGACCAAAAUGAUAUUGUAAACAGAAAGGAGGACGAUUUGUUCAAUUUGAAAAAAUCCUUUUAUGGCUUAUUUGCUAAUAUCAACCAGAGUAGUGAAGAAGAAACGCUCAACGCGAGUGAGUUAAGUAAGCCGGAACAUGGAAGUCCCCAAGCACCAAGCCAGGAAGGGGAAGACAUACAAAAAAACCCUAACGUUGAUGGGGAACCCCUAACCAAUAGUAACCUGCAGAAUAAUCUUAGCAGUGAUGAUGUCCUUGAUCAGAAUGGUAACCCGUAUAGUUAUGAGGAAGGGGGUCACCAAUUACCAUCAGAGAGCACAUCCUCCUCGAGCGAAAAAAAUGGCGAAAGCGAUAACUUCCCAAUAAUUAACACAAAGAAUUAUAUUAUAUUUUUACGGAAAAGAAUUAAGUCCUUAGAAAUGCAGUUAAAAAAAUUAAAAGAAAAUAAAACCAUUUUAAAUGACGAUUUACUUUCAUACAUAAAGUCACUCACAGAUGUGCAGCUCCGUUCACUGACAGACAACAUCGGACCACUGGUCCUCGAUGCAACAAAAAAAAUUGUGGAAUUAGUAAUACAGGGCAUGACAUUAAACAUUAACAAAAACUCGUCCAAUGAAUUAAUAUAUGUAAGUGGCUCUGUGCUCACUUAUAUCUGUUUCUGGCAGUUGAUAAUCGGGUACACUCUUAGGGAAAUGGAAAUUCGUGAUGAACUCUCCGAUUAUCUGAAGGGCAACUAG